AUGCCUAUUAUCCAUGAUGAUACUCCAGUUGCAAAUCUCAGAGACGCCCAAGCAAAAGCGGAGACCCUCUUCCGACAUAUUGAACGACACAUCGUUCGAGCUGGUAUCAGCGAGAAAGUCCUGAGCCGUGAAGUGUACGAUUUCGGUGAAAGGGAAUUUGGAAUCAAGAAAUAUUGGCACAAGCGAAUUGUUAGAAGCGGGCCCAACACUCUUCUGCCGUAUGCCGAUAAUCCACCCGACCGAAUUAUUCAAGAGGACGACAUAUUGAUCGUCGACCUGGGACCUGUCUUUGAAUCCUAUGAAGCGGACUUCGCACGAACCUUCGUUCUAGGAAGUGACCCACUAAAGAUAAAGCUCCGAGAUGAUCUUGAGCCGAUCUGGAAUACAGUCCGAGACUAUUUCCUCGAAAAUAUACACAUCUCGGGCGAGCAGCUCUAUACAGUCGCCGUCAGAGAGGCGACCAGAAGAGGCUGGGAAUUUGGUGCCAAUCUUGCCGGCCAUUUGAUUGGCAAUUUCCCACACGAGAGAAUCCCCAAGGAUCAGAUAAACCUUUACAUCACUAAAGGAAACGAUAAACCCAUGAACAGCCUGGGAGCCGAUGGCCAUAGACGUCACUGGAUCCUUGAGAUCUACCUCCAUGAUCAUGAACAUCAGAUUGGGGGGGUUUUUCGAGCAGCUUUUGACAGACGAUGA